GUUCUGCUUGUGGACUAUUCUCAUAACACCUGCCGCCUAACCCCGCCUACGAUGCCGAGGAAAGAUGCAGGGACUGUAACUGCUCAGUCUCAGCAAGAUAUGACCUCGGAUGGUAUCGAGAACUUCGAGUUGCCCAAGUCUUUGGUGACGAAGAUCGCCAAGUCUGCUAUUCCGGAUAAUUCCAAGCUGCAGAAGGAAACCGUCCUUGCGCUUAUGAAGGGAUCAACGGUGUUCAUCAACUACCUCGCUGCGACCGCUCAUGACAUCGCCAUCUCGAAACAACAUAAAAGCAUAUCCGCUUCCGACGUCCUGAGAGCGCUCGAGCUCAUCGAGUUCGGAGAUAUGGUACCGAUGCUUCAGGGAGAACUACAAAUUUACAAAGACAAUCAGAAGGGAAAGAAGGGAGGUGCCUCGACUGCCGCCAAGGCGCCGCCUGUGAAGGGCAAGGGCAAAGCCAAGGCUGCCGACGCAGAAGAACCGACCUCCAUCUCUACCCACAUGCGGUCAGGCGGACCUAUGGAUGCAGACGGUGACGACGACGACGAUGCCCCGGCGAGCGCGGACAUUGAAGUGCCAGAAGACCAAGACGACGAAAUGGCGGACGCUUCAGAACCUGGCGACGAGCCACCGGACGAGCCGGACGAAGCGGACGAAGACGAGGACGAGACCGGGAGCGAAACUGAGCCGGAGGAGAUCGUCGAUACGAUGGCGGUGGAGGACGAGGAGUUGAGGAAGGACGCGCUAAGUAUUGAGCGGCGAGAAAAGGAAGAGGCGCGGACAAGGGAGGAACUCGCCUCCGAAUUGUAA